AGUUACUGAAAGGCCGCAAGUAUAAACCGGAACUUCAUAAAUUAGAAGGUCACUUCCUCUCCAGAUAUUUCCCAUCAUUCCAUCUAUUUGACACCUUAUCUAUUUUAUUGAGUAAAUUACGAAGCUUUAAUAUGCCAAAGAAUAAAGGUAAGGGAGGUAAAAACAGAAGGCGAGGUAAAAACGAAAGUGAGGAUGUGAAAAGAGAACUUGUUUUCAAAGAAGAUGGUCAAGAAUAUGCACAAGUUGCCAAAAUGCUUGGAAAUGGUCGAUUAGAAGCCAUUUGUUUUGAUGGAAACCGGCGUUUGUGUCACAUCAGAGGAAAAUUGAGAAAAAAAGUGUGGAUUAAUGCUGGAGAUAUUAUAUUAUUGGGUUUACGAGAAUAUCAAGAUGCAAAAGCAGAUGUUAUUCUUAAAUACACACCAGAUGAAGCUAGAAAUUUAAGAGCUUAUGGAGAGUUACCCGAUUCAGUUAAAAUUAAUGAGAAUGUUUGGGAAGAAGGUGAAGAUGACAACAUCACUUUCGAUGAUUUUGAUGGAGAUGAUGAGGAAAUAGAAGAAAUAUGAAGACAAUGUAGUAACAGCAGUUAGACCAAGUUAUCUGACUGUAAAGAUAUUAAAUAUUGGACUUUUUAAGACA